AUGCGAGUCUCUUUCAAGCUCCUGGAAGAUUUCGGGAUCAACGUCAAUAGACUCAAUACCACCCAACGACCUCAAUUGCGACGGCAUCGGGAUCCCUCAAUCACCAAUUCCUUCCAAACAAUGAUCUCUCGGUCGGCGGUUGGGAGAAAUGCGCAGCUUGCCCUCCGCAGGCAAUGCUGCGCUAAGCCCGCACCCUUAAAUCGACGCGGUCUUGCGGCUGUAUCUACCGGAUCGACCUCAUUCUCCUAUGAGUCGGCGGAUGUUGGCGGGAUCAAAGUUGCCAGCAGAGAUGUUGCGGGACUAACGACCAGUUUGGCAGUGGUUGUCAAGGCUGGAAGCAGAUACCAGCCAUUGCCGGGCCUGACUGUUGGUCUCGAGGGAUUCGCUUUCAAGAACACGCAUCGACGAUCUGCUCUUCGAAUUACAAGAGAAUCCGAGCUUCUUGGUGGUCAAUUGCUUGCAUACCAUACAAGAGAGUCCUUGGUCCUUGAGGCCAAAUUCCUCCGGGAAGACCUCCCAUACUUCACGGAAUUGUUAGGCGAGGUUGUCUCUCAAACAAAAUACACUGACUAUGAGUACCACGAGGAGGUCGAACAUAACAUCAAGCUCUCUCAACAGCGACUCCUCGCAGACGUGUCAGACCUUGCCCUCAAUUCAGCACACGGCAUUGCAUUCCAUAGGGGUCUCGGAACGCCGCUCUACCCUACUUCCUCGACACCUUUGUCGAAAUACCUGAAUGAUGAGACCAUCCACCAGUUUGCCAAUGAAGCAUAUACGAAGUCAAAUAUUGCAGUUGUUGCUAAUGGAGCCAACCAAGCUGAUUUGUCUAAGAAUGUUAGCGAAUUCUUCACUGGUGUAAAGUCAUCUGCAAUUCCAAUUUCAAGUCCCGCAAGCAAGUACUAUGGUGGAGAGGAACGUAUCGCACAUGGUUCAGGCAACUCUCUGGUUCUUGCGUUCCCAGGUUCAAGCUCUUUCACCGCUGGUGGAUCUUACAAGCCCGAAAUUUCUGUUCUUGCAGCUCUCCUUGGUGGCAAGUCAAGCAUCAAAUGGACACCUGGUUUCUCGCUCCUCGCCAAGGCAGCCUCGUCCUUUCCCGGGGCUAGCGCUACAACGACUCAUUUCUCUUACUCUGAUGCCGGCCUUCUGACAAUCCAAUUCACUGGAUCUGCACAAGCUAUCCGUGGUGCAUCUAUUGAGGCCGUCAAAUCACUCAAGAGCAUUGCUGAGGGUUCUAUCAGCAAGGAGGAUUUCACCAAGGCUGUUGCUCUUGCUAGAUACCGCGCUCUAGAAGAAGGUCAGAGCACUGAUGCUGGCCUCGUCUCAACUGGUGCUGGUCUUGUGCACGGUGGCAAGCCUUUCCAGAUUGAUGAGGUGGGAAAGAGCGUUCAAGGUGUGACUGCUGAGAAGUUGAAAUCGGCUGCCAAGGCUCUGUUAGAGGGAAAGGCAACUGUCUCGGCGGUUGGAGACCUAUAUGUACUGCCAUAUGGGGAAGAGCUUGGUCUUAAGCGAAGAAACAACCCAAAGCUCUACAUCUCCUCACAACCAACCGCAACACACAAUGGCAUUCGCAUGGAAAGCAUCAGGUCUCACACUGACAAAACAUGCAAAUUGAACAGCUACAACAAAUACCUCUCAGUCGCCGCACGCGUCGUCCGCCGAAGCCUGAAGGAUGACAAACGAUUGGCAGCCGAGCGACGAGGUGAGAGCGAAUUGAGGAUGGCGAAGUGGAAUAACGGGAAGCAAGGCGAGCACCAGAAUGUUGCGGAGGCGAAUGCUGCUUCGAUGGCAGAAGCUGCUGGCUCUCCUGCAUCAUAG